GGUUCAGACAUCUGUUCCGAGCCGAGAGGCGAGAAGCAUCUGAGUCCCAGUGUUUGUCCUCACUGUAACAUCACUGUGUGACAGAGAGCGGACACUCAAACACACAACACACCCUGUUUUAGACAUAUUUGAGUUUGUUGUUCGUAUUUUUAAUCGUUGCGACGCCUCCGCUCGUCAUAACGACCGUUAGGAUGCCGCCGCUGCUGCUGCCGCUGCUGCUGCUGGCCGUGUCGACCGCGUCUGUCCUGGCCGAGUCCACUGUCCAUCUCCGAGAGCAGUUUGAAGAUGGAGAUGCCUGGACAAGUCGCUGGGCAGAAUCCAAGCACAAGACAGACUACGGCAAGUUUGUCCUGUCGGCAGGAAAGUUCUAUGGAGACGCAGAGAAAGACAAAGGUCUGCAGACGAGUCAGGACGCCCGCUUCUAUGCCCUGUCCACUCGUUUCGAUGACUUCAGCAACCAAGGCCAGCCUCUUGUCAUCCAGUUUACUGUGAAACACGAGCAGAGCAUUGACUGUGGUGGAGGAUAUAUUAAACUGUUCCCCUCUGACCUCAACCAGGAGGAAAUGCAUGGAGACUCCACCUACAACAUCAUGUUUGGUCCUGAUAUCUGUGGCCCUGGCACAAAGAAGGUUCAUGUCAUCUUCAACUACAAAGGCAAGAAUCAUUUGAUCAACAAGGAUAUCAGGUGCAAGGAUGAUGAGUACACCCACUUGUACACCCUGAUCGUCAACCCUGACAACACGUACGAGGUCAAAAUUGACAACAAGAAGGUUGAGUCUGGAAACCUGGAGGAAGACUGGGACUUCCUGCCUCCCAAGAAAAUUAAGGACCCUGAAGCCAAAAAGGCAGAAGACUGGGACGACAGAGAGAGGAUUUCCGACCCCGAUGACAAGAAACCAGAGGAAUGGGACAAACCUGAGAACAUCCCAGACCCUGACGCUAAGAAGCCCGAUGACUGGGACGAUGAGAUGGACGGAGAGUGGGAGCCACCGAUGGUCACCAACCCUGAUUACAAGGGUGAGUGGAAGCCCAGAGAAAUUGACAAUCCUGCCUACAAAGGAAAGUGGAUUCACCCUGAGAUUGACAACCCAGAGUACACGGCUGAUCCUGAGAUCUAUAAAUAUGGCAGCAUUGGUGUGAUUGGACUGGACUUGUGGCAGGUCAAGUCUGGUACUAUCUUUGACAAUUUCCUGAUCACCAAUGACCCCAACCUUGCAGAAGAAAUAGGCAACGACACAUGGGGUAAAACUAAGGAUGCAGAGAAGAAGAUGAAGGAAGGUCAAGAGGAGGAGGAGAGAAAAAUACGUGAGGAGGACACCAUGAAGAGGAGAGAAGAGGCGAAGGACGAAGGGGAAGAAGAGGAGGGGGAAGAAGCGAAAGAUGAGGAGGGGGAAGAGGAGGAAGAGGAGGGAGAUGAGCAGGAGGAAGAGGAGGAGGAGGAGGAAGAGGAAGAAGAUGAUGAAGGAACAGACUCUAAACUCAAGGAUGAGUUGUAAAUGUUGUGCAGGAACUGCUUAUUAAAGAACCUGGCUGUCUGAGUCAAUAAGCCAAUGGUGCACUGCUGGUGACUGGGAGGAUGAUGAUGAUGAUGAUGAUGAUGAUAAAAGACCGUGGUGACUGACACCCGGGGUGGGGGUUGGGUGGGAUGGGGUUUCUCAUUAGUUUGUUUGUUUAGCAAGGAAACAGGUAAAAAAUGGCACUGAAUGUUCAAUUCCCUGUUUUCACGUGCUACUGCUUUUGUUAUUGUUCUGAAACGACAAAUUGUAAAAGGAAAAGAAUGAAGAUGUUUGUCACAACUGGAAAUUAUAAAAACGUAGUGUUUCACAUUUUAGACAUAUUGUCAUGUAUGUUUUGUUUUUUUAUCUAGGUUUUAAUGAAGUGUAAUUUUGUGGUGACAUGAAAAAGCUAUACUUGUGGACAAGGUCAUGUACAUGUUUUGUUUUUUUACCUCAUGUGUUUUGUUUAUUUUAUUACUGCCACCUUUUUUGUUUGUUGUUUGCUUGUUGUUCAACAGAGUUUGACAUCAUCAUGCAGGUUCCUGAGUCUGUGUUAAUUUAUAACCUCUAAUUUAAACAUGGGUAAAUGGCAAGGUCAGUAACUAACAAUGGAUGUUUGACAACCUGUUGAAAGAAGAAACUUUGUCGUCCAUAGGAUUGUUUGAUGGGAUGCCUCAAGAAAAACAUUACUGUAAACUUAACUCUUUUCUCCUCAGUGCACAUACUGUAGUCUCCUGUGUCUAAAUAAACUGUUCUCAAACUCGGAUGUA